GAGCAAAUCAUGACAAGUGACAUAAUUUUUCACCGAAAAUUAGAUGGCAGAAGGAGAGUUUGGCGAAUCGCCCCGACAAUUAUUGCUGCCUGAAGAUCAUGAGUUCUUCAAGCCUCCAUCAGCUCAAUUUAUAGUUCCUUUCGAUGUGCCGAUUGUGGAAAAGAAGCUCACCUUUGAGGAAGCUUCCAAAUGCUUGAACACUCUGGGAAAAGACGAAAGCGGUAUAAGAUAUGCCUAUUUAAUGAUAACUGCCACGGAUAAGAAGCUGACCGAUAUUUCGAUUAUUUUGAACUUCAAACAUGUGCUGUUUUUGGAUUUGAGUGGAAACUAUUUGAAUUUGGAAGCUUUGCAAGUUUUGGCAAAAAUGCCUUUUUUGCUCAUGCUGAAUGCGAACAGAAACCGCGUGGAAUCUGGCGCUUUGGAUACAAUGCCCUAUUUGCAGACUCUCUGCCUAAAUAUCAAUAAAAUCGAAGAGACUUACGACAUUUCUCAGCCAAUGCUGGAAACUUUGGAACUGGAAUUUAACCAGAUUUUCACAGCCCAGUUUGAUAAUGAAAAGUUGCCCCAUCUGCUGGAAUUAGACCUGAAGGGCAACCACUUGAUAGACCUCAGUGGUCUUUAUCCAGAAAGCCUGGAAAGAUUGUUCGUUGCCCAAAACAAGAUCACCAGAUUAAAUGACUUGGCGCUCUCCAAACUGACAAACCUCACCACUUUGCACCUUCGUGACAACAAAAUACGAAAACUCAAUGGCUUUUCUGAGUUCCUCACCAAACUGAGCUAUCUAAACCUGAGGAAUAACAAUAUAACGAAGGUGAGGCAAUUUAGAAAACUGGCCUGUUUGCCAAGUUUGGAGAUACUCGUUUACACCGGCAAUCCGGUGGAUGGGAAGCGGCAGAAAGGUUUGGAAAUGCAAGGAGAGGAGCCGGGUGAAAAUGAAGUUGAGGAUGAAGAGGAGAUUUUUGGGGAAGAUCAGCCGGAAAAGAAGCCCGAAUUGGAUCCAAUUCGGCUCGGAGUGUUGGUUUUGCUGCCCAAUUUAAAGAAAAUUAACAAAGACUUGGUGAACUUUCAAGAAAAAGAAGAAGUGUUUUUAACAAAAAGUAAAAGGUUGGAUAAAAUUAUGAGCGAAAUGAGCAGCGAUGAGGAAACAGAACCUCCAACCACAACUUACACGAGUGAAACUGCAGGCUCUGAAUCGGAAGCUGAGACAGACCAAGACAUUUUCGAUCCCAGAACAGACGAAGAAGAAAAUAAAUAAGUUUUAUUACGUUUUUAUUCGUCCCAUCUAGAUUAUCAUCAAAGCGAAACAGUGCUUAUUAAAUUAGAUCUCUCAUUAA